UUCUAGUUUUACUACAGCCAGUCUUUAUACUCUAUAUGUAGCAUAUUAAGGGAUUGUGCAUUGCCAAUAUGAAGUAGCAAUACAUUAAAUUGACUUAAGAUAUUAUUUCCAUAGCUGGAUUUACAUCACAAUACUCGGAUUUCCCCUCCACGCUGCACUGGAUUGCAUGAAAUCAGCCUGAAGCUUGCUUCUAAAAUGCCACCUAAACGCCUUGCAAACAUUUUUAGAGAUACUCCAAAUAGAAAUCCUUUGGAUUUGAGAAGGCAGCUUAGGAAGGUCAACAUGAUCAGGAGCCCAGGAGGAACCCCAAUAUAUAACAGAGAUAAUAAAGAAAAUGGCACAGGACUGAACCCCAUGAUGACAAAGGCUUUAAGGCAGAAAUUCCAGUUGGCACAUCCAAAAAGUCCAUCUCCACUGAGAUUAUCCCCAGCAAACAGAAGUUUUGAAGAAGUGCAAUAAAGCUUAUGGAACCACAUUAAAUAUGCUGUAUGACAUUUUGCUACUACUGGCACUGAUUUUUUAAUUAUGACAAAACAGGUUUUACUUUUGGCUUUUUUAUUUGAUAAUUUCAGUAUAAGUGUACUUUUAAUUGGAUAUUUAUGGGAAAAAUAACCACUGAAUAAUGACAAGGAAAAACCUUUUUAUUAUGUCAGCUUUUUAUAUAUUUGUCUCCCCCUGUCCAACGAAUAUUUGUGUGUAUGUAACUGUGUGUAUAUAAAAUGAUAUAUGUUUGUUAUUUUACCUGAAAAAGUGCCUUUUUAUGCAUUUAUUUUUUUCUAGCUAUAAAUGGGUGCUUGUUGCAAACAUUUGCACUGUAUAAGAAAAUGAAUUUAUUUUUGACAACAUUUUAGAAUAAAUUGCAUAAUCUGGAGAUGCUGCUACAACUCCAAUUUUAUGUGCUGUAGAAUUUGAGAAGAAACUGUAUUACUCUUGAAAUACUGAACAGUUUGUAUCUUUAUGAACAUGCAUAUAGUUCACUUGUUAUCUGGUGCCAUCACAUUGACCCAGAUUAUUUAACUAGUAUUUUUAUGUCAUUACUAUAGUAAUAUUUGUGAUCAAACAGAAUGUUAUUUAGAUUUUUGUUCUUACCUGUAUUGGACCAACAUAUAAAAUGAACCUCCAACCAGUCUCAAUGGGAAAGUGCAUUAAAAUGUACUCUAGGAACCUGACUGUAACAAAAGAAACAGUACAGUAAACCUGAAUAAUAAUAAUGGA